AUGCCUCGCCCCCGUUCCGGCCGUCGCUUGCUGCAUCGUCCAACUGGUCGUUCUUCUCGAGAAAGCACACGAUUACUAAGCAGCCGACAUUUGCUGCUGUUGCUGUUCGUGGGAUGCUGUGUGGUCAUUUUGUACCAAAGCCUGAGCCUGAGUGGAAAAUUGUCUACUGAAAGUUACUCCAGUUCCCUCAUGACCAUUCCAGAACAAACGGAUCCAUCCAGAAGUCUUGCCACAUUUACCCAAUCCACUGAAAGUGACCCUGAAAUGCAGGCAGCAGCCCUGGAAGUCAAGACCAAGCAACUGGCGAUUGAUCAGAUGGAAAAGCAACUGGCUGCCAUGAAGCAAGAACUCUUGGAAGCUCAACAAAAGGUGCAAGAAAAGAAAGGCAAAUCUGCAGUUGCAGUUGCAGCAGUACCACAAGCACCAGCCUAUGAUUAUGAUUAUGGUGGUUUCCCCCAGUUCCCCACCAGCUUUCAAGACUAUGUUUCCAUGGAUCCCCAAUGGGAGAAUCUAUGGGAUUCAUCCACUAUGAUUCCAGAUUGGCUCAAGCAGUACUUUCACUGGCACAAACAGCAGCGAGCAAGAUUGACACCCGACAAUUUUGCUGAGCAACGAUAUUUGGUCAUGACAUGUCUCAAGAAAGAAAAAUGCGGUGGCCUCACGGAUCGAUUACGGCCCGUCGUAGCGACCUUGCAAGUGGCACAUCUCACCCAACGAUUAUUCUUUAUUUACUGGGAACGACCCUUUCAUUUUGAAGAAUUUCUGUUGCCGCCACAAGGAGGAGUCGAUUGGCGCAUGCCUCGUGUUUUACGAACGGAACUCUACAAAACACAACGCACUGGAAGUUUGGACUUGAAAUUCUACCAAAAACCUGAACCCAUCAUCAUGUCCACCAUGUUUCAAAGCUGGCACUAUGGAGAAAACAGUUACAAUGAACGCAAACAACCAGACGAACCAGAAGCCAUUCAGGUAUUUCGGGACGUGUGGAAUGUCAUGUUCACACCCUCUCCUCCAGUGGCACAAAUGAUUGCCGACAGUUUUGAUCAAUUGGGCAUCAUUCCUGGACAGUAUUCCACGGCACACAUUCGGGCACUGUACGGAAUUGAAGCACGAGGAGAUCGAGAAAUCAAACAGUUGGUCACGAAUGCUUUGAAUUGUCUCUCUCAUUUGCAAAGUGGGGGACCGUACUUGGUCGCGGCUGAUACAUCUGCCGUCAUUCGACUCGCCAAGGAAUAUGCCGCCUUUCGUGAUGUCACGGUCGUAUUUCCUCCUCACGAAGAGCAUCCACUCCAUCUGGGCUUGCACAAUGAAAGUGAUACAUCCAUUCGUCCCAACAAUUUCUACAGCAUUUUCAAUGAUAUGUAUUUGAUUGCUGAAACACGAUGUACGGUGGUGGGACGCGGUGGCUUUGGACGAUGGGGAAUUUUGUUGGGACACGAACCCACGUGCCAGAAAUUUAGCAGUGGAUUCAAGGCACAAGUCUGCGAUUGGAGGGAUCCAGCACCCAAAAUGCCAGAGGAAUUGGAGGCACAGGAACAACAGCAGCAACAGCAUCACAGAGUACACGCCAAAAUGCCAUUCCGAAAACCCAUCAUUGAAUCCUAA